CAAGCACCAGUAAUAAAAGCAGAACACAGAGAGACACAAACUUCUAUCAAAAAACAUCUAUGGCCACAGCUGCUCAGCUCUCCGGCCACUUUCACCGGCCAAUCAUCACCGCCGCUGGUAGCGAUCACCGGCGGCAUGUAACCACCACUCAUUACCUCCCUCUCCCACGGCGACAACGCAACUUAACGUCUCGGCUGCGGCCUUGUAUGAGUCUUCAAGUGGGCAACGAAACGACUCCAACAUCGACGGUGGACAUGGAACAGCUCGUCGGGUUCCUAUACAAGGAUCUUCCCCACCUUUUCGACGACCAAGGGAUCGAUCCGAAGGCCUACGACGAGCGCGUGAAGUUCAGAGACCCCAUCACCAAGCACGACACUAUAAGUGGAUAUCUCUUCAACAUCUCUCUCUUGAAGAAUCUCUUCACUCCUGAUUUUCAACUUCACUGGGCUAAACAGACAGGUCCAUACGAGAUAACUACAAGAUGGACUAUGGUAAUGAAGUUCUCGCUUUUACCGUGGAAGCCAGAGCUUGUGUUCACAGGGUUAUCAAUCAUGGCUGUUAAUCCAGAAACUAAGAAAUUUUGCAGCCAUCUGGACUUGUGGGACUCUGUCAGUAACAAUGACUACUUCUCUUUUGAAGGUCUUGUUGAUGUGUUUAAGCAGUUACGGGUGUAUAAAACGCCUGAUUUGGAAACUCCAAAGUAUCAGAUACUGAAGAGAACAGCAAACUAUGAGGUGAGAAAGUAUGAACCUUUUAUAGUAGUGGAGACAAAUGGUGACAAGCUCUCUGGCUCCUCAGGUUUCAACAAUGUAGCAGGGUACAUAUUUGGGAAAAACGCGACGAUGGAGAAAAUACCAAUGACAACACCAGUGUUCACCCAAGCUACAGAUCCUGAGCUCUCUGCAGUGUCAGUACAAAUUGUCAUUCCAUCUGGAAAAGAUCUCAGCAGCUUACCGAUGCCUAAUGAAGAAAAGAUAAACUUGAAGAAGCUAGAAGGAGGGUUUGCUGCGGCAGUGAAGUUCAGUGGGAAACCGACAGAGGAUGUUGUCCGGGCAAAAGAGAAUGAACUGAGGAAGAGUUUGAGUAAAGAUGGUCUUAAAGCUAAGACGGGUUGUAUGCUUGCUCGUUACAAUGAUCCAGGACGAACAUGGAACUUCAUAAUGAGGAACGAAGUUAUCAUAUGGCUUGAGGAGUUCAGCUUGGAUUAGCUAGCUCUCUGCUUGGCCAAACGUUACCAAAGUUACCAUAUUGUAUGUAGAGACUCAGUUUACUUCAUUGUAAGAUCACCACACUCGAAGAUAGAAAAGUUGUAUACUUUUGUCUUUUUGGUUCAAUGAAAAGCUGUAUACUUUGGAUACAAAACAUAAAAGAGAGGACUUUUGACUUA